UAUAUAUGUCUGUGUGUGUGAUGUACAUUGAGUAAAAGAAAAAAGAGAAAGCAAAUUAAAAUUUUGGUGGGACCCACCACCACACCCAAAAAGGGUUUGAGACCACAAUUGGUCUCCAUUUUUCUUCUCUCCCGCUGGCCCUUCCUUCUGUCUCUGUUUCUUGUUUUUUCUUUUUCUUUCUGAACUCAAACUUCAUUCUUAGAUUACUCCUCCACCUUUUGUCGGAUUGAGGUGCCGUUUGAGGCAAAACGAAGCUUGUGUCGAGCUCUACGCAUACAUACCAACAAUUCCAGAUUUGGUGCACCCUUUGAACUUCGAAAUUUAGGACCCAUUUUCUAGGGUUUGCUCAUUUUUGAGCACGAUGUCACGGCGUGAGGAACCUAGAGAAGUUGGCCCUAGGCCAACAAGGGGCAAUGUUGGUGAGAGCUCUAGCUCCAAUCCGGCGGAGCCAGUUAAUGAGAACACACUUCUUAGGGACUUGAUUCCCCCGAGAGUUGUCCCCACAAGGAGGGAUAAUGUUGAAGCACCCGUAGAAGUGGGUGAAGGUUCUAUGGCACUGGAGUUUAAUCGUUUGUUGCAAAAUGUCGUGAGGGCAACGAUUGUUGCUCAGCCGCAGUUGGUACCACAACCUACAGUCCGAGUUGAGGAGACUCCAGCUCAGAAGCGUCUCAAGAUCAUUAAGGGGUUUUCUCAGCUGAUGCCGGUUAUGUUUGAGGGCGGUGCGGAUCCAAUGGUAGCCGACAACUACAUGGAUCAAGUCGAAACUCAGUUGACCUCAAUGGAUGUGACAGAGGAUCACUUGAAGAUCAUCCUAGCUACGUAUAAGUUUGCUAUGGAUGCCAAGGUUUGGUGGAAGUCAAUCACUAACCAGUACAAGAUUGAAAAGAUGAGUUGGGACAGGUUCAAGGAACUGUUUUAUGAGAAGUACUUUCCGCUUUCCAAAAGAUGGGAGUUACAAGACCAGUUUCAUAAUCUUAUUCAAGGGAACAUGUCAGUGGCGGAGUAUGAGAACAAGUUCACCUCACUCUCCCGUUUUGUUCCAGAAAUGGUGAGAGAUGAAGCUAACAAGACUCGGAAGUUUGUCUCGGGUCUUAAUGAUCGAAUGAGGCCGUUGAUCACGGCACAGUUUAUUAAGGUUUACUCUGAAGCAGUGGAAAGAGCUUUGAUGCUGGAGGCUGACAAUAGAGAGAAGGAUGCAAGAAGAGAGCAAUUGAAGCAAAAGAGGGGUGCAGGGCCAUCCUCAGAGGGAUCUUCUUGGAAAAGGAACAGGGGCAAUCCAUCUCAGUUUCAGGGGCAACAGUCUACAAGAUCUGCUCCUACCACUCCUAUGCCAGCUGGAUCUGACAGGAGUGCAGUUGUUUGUUAUCAGUGUCAGCAGCCCGGAUAUUACAAGUCCAGUUGUCCGAUGAGAUCGUCUUCAGUUUCGUCAGCUCCGAAGGCUUGUUAUGGGUGUGGCCAGCAGGGUCACUUGAUUCGUGAUUGUCCAGGCCAGGGAACAGGCACAGGUAGUGGUAGGGGGUCACGACAGAGGCCGUCUCAGUCGGUUACAGUUCAGUCAGGUUUCAGACUGCCACCACCACAGCCUGCCAUGUCUUUACAGGGUUCACGAUCAGUUAGGAGGGAUACUCCUACUAUGUCAGUGUGGCAGUCAGGUGUUCAGGUUGGCAGUCCUCAGGCACAGGUACCACAGGGACGUGUUUUUGCACUGGCACAGACCGAUGCAUCUUCUGGACCGUCAGUUCUUCGAGGUAUAUUUCCAGUGUUUGGUUGUUGGGCCCGUGUUUUGUUUGACUCUGGUGCAUCUCAUUCUUUCAUUUCAUCAUCAUUUGCACUUGCAUCGGGGUUGGAAGUUAGUUUCUUGGAACGGGCGUUGAGUGUUGAUACGCCAGUUGGGGUUUCAGUGUCUUUGAGCCGAAUUGUGCGGGAGUGUCCCAUUGUGAUAGUCGGGUGGACUUUCGUGUUUGACCUUAUCCUCCUGGAGAUGACUAGCUUUGAUGUCAUUCUCGGGAUGGAUUGGUUGGCUUCAUUUCAUGCCACGAUCGACUGUUACAGAGGAGGGGUUACAGUUUGCACUCUUGAGGGAGACUGUUUCUUUUUCGUGGGAGAUCGGAGUGAUUCCCACAUUUCAUCGUUUUAUGGAGUUCGUGGACAAAGUCAUGGUGAUUACUUCUUGGCUAGCCUUAUAGCCGAAGAAGAUGAUGUUGGGAAAGAGGAUUAUCUUGCGGUUGUUUGUGAUUUUCUGGAUGUGUUUCCGGAGGAUUUGACAGAGUUGCCUCCACACCGAGAAGUGGAGUUCACUAUUGAUUUGAUGCAUGGUACUGCGCCGAUUUCUAUAGCACCAUAUCGUAUGGCACCAGUUGAAUUGGAAGAAUUGAAGAGGCAGCUUGAUGAUUUGAGUAUGAAAGGUUUCAUCCGACCGAGUGUGUCACCGUGGGGCGCACCGGUCUUGUUUGCUAAGAAGAAAGAUGGUUCGUUGAGGUUGUGCAUUGAUUAUCGGAAGUUGAAUCAUGCCACCAUCAAGAACAAGUAUCCUUUGCCAAGGAUAGAUGAUUUAUUUGAUCAGUUGAGGGGAGCCAGUUGUUUCUCGAAGAUUGACUUGAGGUCUGGCUAUUAUCAAUUGCGGGUUAGGGAUGAGGAUAUCCCGAAGACAGCAUUCCGUACACGGUAUGGACACUAUGAGUUCCUUGUUAUGCCUUUUGGCAUGACUAAUGCGCCAGCGGCAUUCAUGGACUUGAUGAACCGCGUCUUUCAUGAUUACUUGGACCAGUUUGUGGUAGUUUUCGUGGAUGACAUUCUUGUGUACUCACUGACUCGGGAAGAUCACUGACUCGGGAAGAUGACGUUUUACAGAUUUUGCGGGAGCACCGAU